AGCCUGUAGCCGGGCGCCAUCUUUGACGCUGGCAGUCUUGGAUUUCUUGCUGGUGUUGCUGCCGUGAGGACGGCGGAGGGCAGCGGCUAAGAGAGAAGAAAGACGUGGCAGCGAGCGGAGGUCGGGGAUAGUGCCCUCGGUUCGGUAAAGUUUCUGUUCUCCGGGUCUCACACUACUUUGGAGGUUUUUCUCAAACUCCACAUACAGAAAGCCACCGACCUUAUUCCGGUAUCCGCCACCCCUUCCUUAUCUUUAAUUAUACUCCCGCCCCCCCAGCCCUCAGCAUCGGAGUCAAGAGCUACAGGGACACUUCAGUUCUCCUUGUAGGAUUGAUGAGAUCGUAAUGAAGAACGCCCCCUAAGCUCCCAUAAAUCGGUGCGGAUUCCUCUUGGGGGAAGGCCCAUGUUAUUGGCAUCUCACAGGCCUUGGUUCUGGACGUUGAGAAGGAGGCUGUGGAUAUAGUUGAUAGCGAUGCUUUUUAGGAUUUGGGGAUAUUCCCUGCCCAAAAAUUUCCUGGAAAAUUGACUAGUAUUAAGUGUGAGUAAAAGGUGUCCACUUUUUUUUUUUUAAGUUUUUAUUUUAGUUUUGUCUUGGAUAGUAUUUGGCAAGAUUUAGCCUAGAAAUAAUGUAGUAUCUAUUACAUGAAAAUCAAAAUUGCUUUGUUACUGGGCUGGUUACAAAAUUUAGAAUUCAUUUCUAUGUAUCAAAUCGUUUUUUGGUGGGGUUUUUGUUUUUUUUUUGUUUUUGUUUUUUGGCCUUUUUUCUUUUAAUUCUUAAAUGGUAAAUGUACCAUUGUGGAAUGAAAUUUCAACUUCAAAAGUUUACCCUUUUAUUAACUAGAGUAAAUGGAUAAUUGCAACGUCUUUAGUUGUAGCCAUCAGUAGUAAAGAAUUUGAAAUUAGGCUGCAUAAGCAAGCCUUUGCAGGAGGGCCAAUAUUGAAUUUCAUGCCAGUUGACACUGGUUGCUAUAAAAGAAAAACAAUCUUCCCUUAAUAGAAGCUUUUUGUAUUUUGACAGUGCCAGCUCAGUAUGGCUAUAAUGCUGUUCUGCCUUCUACAGCUUGCUGCACCACUCUGUAGUUACUCUAUAACUAUACGUUUCUAUCUUUUUUGGUUAAACACUCCCUGAAGAUGAAAAAGAUUAUGAUAUACAUGCAUCCAUAUUAUACACAUUGAUAUAUGUGUUAAGAAUUCACUUCAUCUUUAUUUUGCCAGCUGGGCAAAAUUUUGUGUAACAUCUUCAUGAUACUUUGGUAUAAGAGUAAGUUCACUACUUUUAUAAUGAAUCCAAAUCUAAAGGCUUUUGUAGUGUAUUUUAAAAGGGAAAACUUACCCAAAUGUUUUAUUUCUACACAUUUGUGUGUAUGUGUGUGUGUGUAUGUGUGUAUAAGCCAGUUAGUAUAUAUGUAUAUUAUGUACAUAAAACACUAUUUUUACAUACAAGUGUGCUUUUAUUAUACAGAUAAUAAAGAUGGGGGAAGGUUUCUGUUUUUUUCUUAAUAGGUGAAGAAAUCUUGAAGACCAGAAAUUGGAUCUUAUUGAAUUUUGGUGUUCUUUUUUAUUUUUUCUCUUUCUUUUUUUCUUUUUAAAUUAUAUUGUUCGACUAUGGAAGAUGGAUUUUUUUAAAAAAAAUAAUCCUUUGAAUUCCAAGUUCAUCUUUAAAUGAACGUUUUUUGUUUGUUUUUUUGUUUUUGUUUUUAUUUUGAGGAGAUAACUAGCUAUAGCUGUCUCCAGUCUGACAAGGUUGUUCGAAUGGACUUAAUCUCCCAAUAGUUGGGAAAUGUUUUAAAAACACAUCCUGUGUUUGAAUUGUGGCUGAGAGGUUUCCUUGGCAAUGUGAGGAGGAAAUUUUUUUCUGCCUCAUUAUUAUUAAUUCAUGGAUUGAGUGUUGGUUCGACCUACAGGCGUAAUAGAUUGGAACUCAGUGAAGACACAGAUGUUCCUGUUGAGAGCAACCAGCUAAUCAUUACAUUUUAAAGGCGAUUUCUGUGAUUGAAUUGUCAUUUGGAAGAUUAAAUCCAUUUCAAAAGGACUUGAAGCUGGUCCUCACCUUAAAGGAAGCAGUGGCUUGUUUUCAAGAAGCCAUUUCUGAUCUCAGGAUCUACCCAGCAUGCCUAAUCAAGGAGAAGACUGCUAUUUUUUCUUCUAUUCUACAUGCACCAAAGGUGACAGCUGUCCGUUCCGUCACUGUGAAGCUGCACUAGGAAAUGAAACUGUUUGCACAUUAUGGCAAGAAGGACGCUGUUUUCGACAGGUGUGCAGGUUUCGGCACAUGGAGAUUGAUAAAAAACGGAGUGAGAUUCCUUGUUAUUGGGAAAAUCAACCAGUAGGAUGUCAAAAACUAAACUGCGCUUUUCAUCACAACAGAGGACGUUAUGUGGAUGGCCUUUUUCUACCUCCAAGCAAAACUGUGUUGCCCACUGUGCCUGAGUCACCAGAGGAGGAAGUGAAGGCUUCCCAGCUCACAGUUCAACAAAACAAAUUGUCUGUCCAGUCCAAUCCCUCUCCUCAACUGCGAAGUGUGAUGAAAGUAGAAAGUUCAGAAAAUGUUCCUAGCCCCACUCAUCCACCAGUUGUGAUCAAUGCUGCAGAUGAUGAUGAAGAUGAUGAUGAUCAGUUUUCUGAGGAAGGUGAUGAAACCAAAACACCAACCCUGCAACCAACUCCUGAAGUUCAUAAUGGAUUACGAGGGGCUUCUGCCCGGAAACCUGGGGUCAAUUUAAAACAAGGUGAAUGUUUGAAUUUUGGAAUAAAAACUCUUGAGGAAAUUAAGUCAAAGAAAAUGAAGGAAAAGUCCAAGAAGCAAAGUGAAGGUUCUUCAGGAAUUUCCAGUCUUUUACUCCAGCCUCAGCCCAUUCCAGGUCCUGAAAAAGAGAAUGUCCGGACUGUGGUGAGGACAGUAACUCUCUCCAACAAACAAGGAGAAGAACCAUUGAUAAGAUUGAGUCUCACUGAGAGACUGGGGAAACGAAAAUUUUCUGUAGAUGGUGACAGUGAUCCUCCGUUAAAGCGUAGCCUUGCACAAAGGCUAGGGAAGAAAGUUGAUGCUUCAGAAACUGACAAAACACCAAAGAAAGUUCAAGUUUCCAAGUCUCUAAAGGAACGCUUAGGUGUGUCAGCUGGUCAAAACAAUGAGGAGGCAGCAGAGAGAGUUACUAAAGUUGGUGAGAUUCAUGUGAAGACAUUAGAAGAAAUCCUCCUCGAAAGAGCCAGUCAGAAACGUGGAGAAUUGCAAACUAAACUCAAGACAGAAGGCCCUUCAAAAGCUGAUGAUUCUACUUCAGGAGCAAGAAGCUCUUCCACUGUUCGAAUCAAAACCUUCUCUGAGGUCCUGGCUGAAAAGAAACAUCGACAGCAAGAAGAAAAGAAACAUCGGCAGCAAGAAGCAGGAAAAAGCAAAAAGUUAAAGACGGAUAGUGAGAUUAAAAAAACAUCAGUUUUGCCACCAAUGGUUGCCAACAAAGGACAGUCGGAGGAGCCUGCGGCGAGAACGAAGUCUAUGCAGGAGGUGCAUAUCAAGACGCUGGAGGAAAUUAAACUGGAGAAGGCCCGGCGGGGGCAGCAGAGCGCCAAGAGCAGCACCAGCUCCCAGCCUCAGCCCGAGGCCGCCCCUGGGACCAGGCGGCUUUUACGAAUCACCAAAAAGUCAGGUAUAAAAGAAGAGAAGAAACUUCAAGAAAGUGAAAUUGCAUUUCAGAGCAGUGUUGCUAGAACAGAAGCUAAAGAGGCUUCAAAUGAGACAGCAGGAGUUGGCAUUAAAAUUCCAAUCAAGAAAUGUGAGACGAUGCGAGAAAAGCACAUACAGAAGCAGCCAGAGAAGGGAACCUCCCAGAAGGAAAGACCUGUGCUGACAUCCCUCUGGGGAGAGGUGGACGCUGGUGAUGCCCAGCCAGCAGAGACGCCAGUGCUCACCGCUGUGCCGAGUGGCACCCGGAGCCUCCCGAAGCGGCUUCCCACCAAGUCAUCCCAGAAGGCCGAGCUGGAAACCGCAGGGAUUGGCGACUCAAUAUUAAAUGUGAAAUGUGCAGCCCAGACCUUGGAAAAAAGGGUUAAAGCUAAGCCCAAAGUGAAUGUGAAGCCAUCUGUGGUCAAAGUGGUCUCUUCCCCCAAAGUGGCCCCCAAGCGCAAGGCCGUGGAGAUGCACCCUGCCGUCAUCGCCGCGGUGAAGCCGCUCAGCGCCAGCGGGGGCCUGCAGGAGAGCCCGGCCAAAAAGGCAGCCAUGGCUGUUGUUCCGCUCCUUUCUGAGGACAAAGCAGUCACCGUUCCUGAGGCAGAGAGACCCAGAGACAGUCUUGUGCUGCCUCCAGCCCAGUCCUCAUCAGAUCCCUCUCCAUCAGAAGUCUCUGGCCCUUCCUCAUCCCAAAUGGCCACGAAAACUCGCCGACUCAGCACUGCUUCGACAGGAAAGCCCCCGCUCUCUGUGGAGGACGAUUUUGAGAAGCUAAUAUGGGAGAUUUCAGGAGGCAAAUUAGAAGCUGAGAUUGACCUGGAUCCUGGGAAAGAUGAAGAUGACCUUCUGCUUGAGCUAUCAGAAAUGAUUGAUAGCUGAAGGUGAUAGUAGGACAUUUCAAACAAAAACAAAAAAAAACUCACCAAAAAACUGCACUUAGUUUCAUCUAUUAUAACAUUUACCCAAGAUGAUCAUUUCUUUAGUCUAGAAUUUGCCCCAGAUCAGAAGUAUACCUCUGAAUUACUUGUAUAUGUCCUAGAUUCCUUGGGGUCAGAUUUUUAAUGUCCCUUGAUAACCAUUUUGUCCAUUUGAUGCCAAUGUUUAGCAUCUUCAAGAAAAAGUUCUUUCUUACCCCUCUCUCCACAAAAAGACAGAGAGAGAUCCAAGUGAAAGGAUGCAAGAGAACUUGGUGACUCCUUGAGGUGUUUGUCAGUUUUGGCUUUUUCCCCUUUGUUAUAUUAUUUUAUGUAUUAAUGUGCUUACUGUUACCUGAGUUUGGAAAGGAUGAAGACAGCUGCUACCAGAAGGACCAAAUUUCAUGCUACCACUAAACAAAACAAUUCAUUCAGUCUGUGUUAAAUUGUAUGUCUUUUUUAAAGUAUUUGGAGAUUCGUCUAAGCUUUAGAGCUGAGCAGCUCAGGAAGCCUGUAAUCUGGACAUAACCGUUUGGACCCGAUUUUCAUGUUUCUACUGCUGAGUAAGCCUCUGAAGAUCAAUAGCUAAUUUAUUAUUACUGUAAUUUUUUAAGGCUUUAAAGUGCCUCAGGGGUUCUCUGAAAUUAAUUUUCUAUUUCUGGGAUUCCCUGGAUUCUUAUUAAGAGAUGGUGACAUAACGAUUAGAGGAAUUCUCUUUUUAGUAUGAAAGUUGUCCCUUUUCUUUAGUCCUUGCCUCCUACUGGCAUUGAAUUAUCACAGGAAUAAAAAUUGGUUAAUUUUAUAUUUCUAAUUCUCCCAGCAAACUCCUCUUAUCCAGUAUUUAUUUGGUGUCCUGUAACUGUCAGGGGGGAAAUGAACGCACUCGAGCUGCCAAUAUUUAUGUGUGGACUGUAGCAGGACAAUGACUUGUACUACAAGAAGGGAUUAUUUGAGAUGUUCUGGAGGUGUAUUGUAUACCGUCCAGUUUUCUUCAUUUCUGAACUGAAUUUUCUUUCUUUGAUGUUGGUCUCCCACCUUCAUAUCACCUCAAGGUUUAGACUGUGAACAGUAUAUGGGGCUAAUAGUCUUAAAAGGAGACAUAUACAUACUCGGAAGAAAGAGGAAAGAAGGACUUGUCCAUUUUGAUAUUUUGCUGUAGGUGGCCAGUUUUGUUUCUCAUAGGGGAAUCUGACCCACCUGUCAUGUUGGCUCCUAAGGAACUGCUAUUGUAAGCGGCUCAUCAAGAGUUGAACUUCAUGUAGCCUUGUUGAGAAUGUGGAAAAGGAAGAAAGCCACGGGACUGCCCAUUCAGUCUUGGGAAGAUCUGGAUGAUUCUGCACAAGCAAAAGUGACUUGAAAUUUAUGUAUAGACACACCUCUAUCAAUCCAUCUUCAGCUGACUGAAUGUUGUAUCAUAGCCCUUCUCCAAAGCAGGGGUGGAAUGUUUGGUUUCACCACAGAUUUUCUACUCAUUUCAUUUCUGGAAUCAACUUAGAUUCCAGGUCUGUUUUGUAUAUAACCUUUAUUUGCUUUUUAAAUAAUUUUGUUUCAUAUUUAAAGCCCUUGUAUUAGUCAAUGAUUUAUGUUCAGCAUUGUUUGAACCAUUUACCAUUCAUUACACAAAGAGAAAUACUUAUUUGUGUUUUAAAUAAAACUGGUGUAGGAAAGUCUUGA